AUGAACGACCCGUUCUUCAACGAGGAUGACGGCGACUUUGACGACUUGUACGGCAUUCCUUCGCAAUCGUCCGCUCAUUCCCUUGCGGCGAAGCACGAGCCGCCGCACGUAGACAGCAUACCCCCUUCUCAUCCGUUUGUACUGGAUACUCCGUCCUCUAUGCAGAGUCCGGCAGCGGCCGGCAGCGUCGUGUCCAGAUCGUACGUGCGCGAUCGAACCGACUCGUUUUCUAGCGUUGCCACGGACCGAGUCGUAGCGUCAGGGCCGCAGACAAAGUGGCGGAAAAACCACAAGAACAAGACACGUCGUAGAACGAGUCAGGAGCUGUUUAACGUGCAGUGGGAGUCGGACGUUCACGUGGCUACGUGUCGACUAUGCCGCUCGGACUUUUCGCUCGUGAAGCGCAAACACCACUGCCGUCAUUGUGGACGUGUCGUGUGCUCGGAUUGUUCGUGCUUUGUGUACUUUGAGUUUUCGCGUCGAAAGCACAGAGUGUGUGCGACGUGCAACAACCAGCUGCUUGCUGAGCAAGACGCGUACGAGCGAGAAACAAUGACGUCGUCGUCUGCUGUGAUAAAGCCUCAGCCUCGUGACGGAGGUGCGACGACAGCAAACAAGACGGAAAAGAAUGUACGCAAGGCAGAAAAACAAAGGAGGGGCGAGACGGUGGAACAUGAAGGAAAAGCAGCACUGGGAUCAGCACCGGUGACAACGUUUCGUAUUGACGCAAUGGACGUUGAAAGUAAAGCUGUGGCAAAAGGAGAGACGCUUUUCGAAGAUGCGGACGGGAGUUGGUUUACAGAUGCGGCGAAUCGGCAAGAACACUCUUGUGGUAGUGUCGUUGACGAGAGUGAGGACGGUGGUUCGAAAGGACCGGGCUGGCGGGACCGCGUGAAGGAUACGUAUACAGUCGCGCCUGCGACUGACGAAACUUCAGUGCUUGCACCGUUUGCCGGCAGCACUCUGACUUCCGGAAUCACUGGCAAAGGGUACAUCUCGGACCAAUUUCGAUAUGAUGAUGUCAGUGGGCCUGGUCUCGGACACGAAGGUGAUACAGUUGCUGAGAUGCCUCGACCGGAGCAACAUAGUCACGCCAGAAUGGAUCUCACCGAGAGCGCUAUGAAGCCCAGAUGGGUAUCCGGAAAUGGCAUUUUGGUCGAGCAAUUAGAGUAUGCGAAUCUAGGUGGUCCGGGACUUGGUCACGAAGACGACCGUUCAGUUGCUAUGCCCCGACCUGCGCAGCUAGCAACGACGGUACCGUAUAGUUAUGAAAGCAAACGACGUGAUCGAAGGGAAUCGAAACAAGAUACGACGGACGACGGCACACCAAAUGAACAUGAUCAUCAGACACGAACUGCUCUUGGAAACAUGGUGAGCGCACCAAAGCACCGUGAUGCAGCACUAGUGCGACAGAGAGAGAAGUCAAAAGUCGGCAAGUUUCGCGCUCGCGGCACUCAAGACAUGACGUUGGACGAACUGAAUUUAUCAUGCUCAUCACAAGAUGAGCCUCGUAUGCUUGGUUUGACCGUGGCUAUCCCGGCUACUGCUCAGCCGACAUUCUACGAGCAAGAUGCAGAUAGAUUGGUCGUUGAUGAUUUACCGGGGUAUUUCGAGACAACAAUAGCAGAGCGAGAAGUCCAGCGCGAAAAAGAUGAACGACGACAAGAGCAGGUUGCCCGCGACAAUGCGUGGGUGAAUAAGGCAGUGGUGCCACGUCGCUUGUCAAGUGGGCAUGGGUCUUAUAGCAUCGUAGACCGUCCAUCGCAUACUUCAAACCCUCCUGUUGUGAACCAAGAAAGUAGAGCUGACGAUGCGGAGGACAACGGAAAGGGCGCAAAACCGAAGAGCGGCUUCACUAAGGUUCUCAAGCGUUUCUUUGGUAUGCGGCCGAAGAAGAAGUCUGCACCGCCGAAGAAGUCCGAACCACUUCUCACUGUGGUGGUGUCUCCGCCAAAAAAGGACAUUGUUGAUCAUCACGCCUCACCUGCGCCAAGGGUCAACAACCGUGACAGCAUCGUUUCGGCUAGUUCCGCUCCAGACGGUUUGCUACGACAAAGCAAUGUUAUUGCGGACCGCAGUAGCGUCGAUCAAGAAAAGUCGGUGACUGAGAAGAACCUUAGAUAUACCGUAGCAACGCUUGCCGAUGUGCCUCUUGGCGCGGAAGCCCCGUUGCCUCAACAGGAAGAUGAGCUGAAGCAGCACCACCAAGAGCCGGAGCGUAAACGUCGGGGAACGUUUGAUGAUCUCUUCAUGUCACCAAAAGACAUUGUAGCUUCGAACAACUUUGGCGGGCACAUCGGUAUAGGUGGCACGAGUGGAUGGGCCUCUCGUGCUGGGCUGGACUUGAAUGCUGGUCAACCGUCAAUUGGCGCAGUAGGUGUCGCUCGUUUCGACCAACGAAGGCCUGCUGGCGAAGACGAUGAGCAUACACUCGGUAACAAGCCCGCCCCUGCUGUCGGCUCAAGUCAGUCUACCGAGGACUCCACUGAGGCAUGGAGGGAAUCUGCAGCAUUGUUGCUGCUACAGGAUCGAAGAGAUAGUGCCCAGGACUCGGGCUUCACCUGGAGCCGUAUACAACCGGUCCCUGGACUUGGAACGGCAACAGACGCUAUAUCGACGAGUCUGCAGUCUUAUGCGGCCUACAAUGAGAAUCGUGGGGUCUCAGUGUCACACAAGACACCCGUUUUGAAACUUGCCUCAACGGGUGGCAUUAUGGACGACUUGAAGCACGGUUCGACGCUGAGUAAACCGCAAGGCGAGACGUCAAUCGAUGAAUUCUUUGCCGAGUUCGAAGAAACCAGCGAAUACGUUUUCGACUCAACCACGGGUGGGUACGUAGCAGCACGGGUCCCCGUACGUGCAGCGACUACAAGAAAUGCCCAGCAGCUGGAAUCCACAGAACCGCUAGGAUCAGAGAAGUAUACACUCGAUACGGAUGACCAUAGAUACGAUACUCUGUCGGCAACUAAGAACGGUGGGAGUGGGAGUGGAGUGGUUGUCGAAGACGAGGUCGCCGAGAUUAUUGUGGACAAGAUCAGCUCUCUCGAAAGCGAGUUGGCAGCACUGAAGAAGUUGAUUCGCAGUCGAAAAGGAAGCGGGGAUAACCAGUCUCGGAAGCUACACAAUGGUCGUGGUAUGGUGGACUCAAGUGCUCGCAAAGAAAGCAUUUUUGACCAUGACAGCAGUGACGAAGAUGAUGGCAGGUCUGGUGACUCAUACGGCGUGUCGAUUCGACCAAAGUUGGAACAGAAGCGACGAAGACGCGGCAGCAAGAAGAGGCUCAUCAAGGAGCGGAAGGACUCGUUUGUCGACCUAUUUGCGGACAGUCCGAACGAACACCAAUCAGUUGGCGGUGCACUUUCUUACAACGCUCUGUCUCGAAAAGCGUUCAGCAACGACGAUUCCGAUUCUGAGACUGAAUCCACGUCACCACAGAAUCGACAGGGCAAGCAGUCAUCUCAGUGGACAAUAGAUGAGGACGUAUACGAUGCGAGCUCCAGCGUGGAUGCGACUAUGAUGUCUGCGAAACUGUCUACGAAGCAAGCGACAACAAGAAAAGCAGGCGCGGAGGCUUUGGAAGACCCGAUCGACGCUUUGUUUGACACGUCAAAGGACCGUGAUGUGACUAAAUUGUAUGGUGGCGAGGACGGUCAUGAUGAAAAGGACAAACGUUCUGUGCCUGAGUCAAGGGACGUGCUCGUCCGGACCUCUUCGGACGAUGAGGUGAGCGGAAGCGCGGCCGCUGUCACAGACAAUAUUAGCUCUGUGGUGCCGGGUAGCAUCGCCGCCCCCAGCUCCUCGCACUCUGUGAACCUACCAGAGUUCGGUGCAGCCGACGAAGAUGAGGACUUUUCAAUCAACUGGUCAAAGAUGCGCAAAACAAAACCCAGGAGACACAAAUCUCAUCAUGUGACCGGUGAAAGCAGUGCCACCACCGAUGGGAGUGUGGAGCUUGCGGAACUCAACUUGUAUGCCGAGGAGCUGAAACUAAGUACUAGUGAUAUUCCUGUGGAACAUACAGCUCCAGUACCGUUUGUUGUGGAUGCGUCAUCAACGGUUCGUACAGCGGAAGAUGAGGCGAUUAACUUGAGUUCCAGAGGUGGUGAAAGUUCGGAGUCGCAGUCUACUAGUGAAAGCCCGCACUUGGAAGCAGCUAUAGAUGCUGUGCCGAGUUCGGGUGUUCCGGCGCGAAAACGAAAUGAUCCGGUGGAGCAAUCGUUGCUCGCCAGCAUUGGAUCAGUGGAAAAGCUUGCAGACACGACGGUGGAGGUCUCGUUGAUGGAUGUAGCCGCUUUUGACAUCUUUGACAAGUCCGGAGACGUGGAUAUCUCGUCGAUGUCUUCAUUGACAGGAGCGAAUACACCCGAUGGUCAAGAUGACUGCUGUGAUAGCGAUGACAACAAUGCGUCUUUUUCCGGAACCGACGAGACAUUCAGUUUUGAGCUUCAGACUCCGAAAAAGCGGCUUCCUGUUGAUGCACCGACCAAACAUUUUACCACCCGAACGGAUUCAGACCCGAGCGAGUCUUCCCUCGAAUUGCCUACAUUAUUGGAGCUUGGUAAAUACGCAACAGCGUCAAUACCUUCAUCGUCGCGCACUCCAUCCAUAGACGGCAGUAUUGAUGAUUUGGAACACGCGUCAGUGGAUGAUGAUUCGGUGAUCGAAGGAAGCGUCGGGUCUGAAGCAUUUGCCAUGGACUGGCAGCAAAUGCAGGCAAAGGAAAAGGAGCGCAAGAAGAGACUGCAAGUCAAGCAGAGACAAGCCCAGCGAGAUAAAGUACUACGAAAGCAAAGUAGGCCGACGACAUCUUCCUCUGGCAGCGUUGUGACGCAUGGGUCAAGCAAAAGCAAGUCGAAGAGCGACAAACAGAAGAAAAAAGGUGCUGACAAAGACGACGCAGCGUCAUCCUCUCUGCAUCAUCACAAGAAGAGUGGCUCGUCACGAAAGCAUCAUGGAAGCGCCACAAAUCGUGCGCCCGUGACAAUGUCGGACCCUUCUCGAACACUAACAGAUCUCUGA